AAGGCAAAUAAUUAGAUAUGACUCAAGUAGCCUAUUUGCUAAAAGAAGAAUGAGCUCAACCAGAUGUCUUCAUUAAGCAAUUACGGUAGCUAGAUAUCAAGUCUCUGGCUCCGCACUCUUACGCUAUAACCGCAUAACCAUGGUUAACGACGUCGCAGUAGUCCACCUAAAAACCCACAUCGAUGAAAGUGAUUCUAUCAAAUAUGUCCAUUUCCGCAUCUCAACCAUACCUGCUUACGAAUGGGACUCAUGCAAAGAUGGAGCCUUUGUCAUGGGUCUGAUGCAGGCCAACGCUUCUUCCACCUCAGGAGCUAUAUAUUGCUCUUCAGCCACUGUCUACCCUGGAACCGAAUGUGCAGAAGUCUACAAAAAAGGGCGGUUUGAAAGGGACAUGUGUGUCCUGCUGGAUUUUAGAGAUCUGGGAUGCGUUGGAGAGCCUGGAGGACCGGUGUUCUGUGGAGAUGCCCAAAUUGGAUUGAUUUCGUGGGGAGGGUGUGCCUCGGGGAUGCUGUGCAAGGUGUGGGGCAUGCCGACGCAGAAGUCGAAGAAUGUUGGGCUAGGUGUAGGCAAAAGGUUGCUGAAAGGAAUGGAUGAUAGGCUAUGUGCAGGUGGUGGUUGUGCCAAAGCAAAUAUGAACAAUCCGAAACCCUUCAACGGAUUCCCGUUCGCAGUGGUCAACGUGGACAAGAAGAUCAACUUCAUGCGCCAGUAUGCUGGGGAGAUAAGAGCUGACGCCGGGGUGGCCUCCUUACAAACAAGAUUUAGUUGGAGUAUCAUUGCCUACAACCUUGUCGCACUGAUCAUGCUUGCAAAACCCGUAAUUGCAUAGAUGCAGUGAUUGUAUUAUUAGCAAGAUGCUACAAUAAAUAUCCGAGUAAAUCAAACCUCAUUUUGAACAUAACACAGGCGCACAAAAUAAAAAAUGCUG